AUGGCACCAUCCAUUGCCGAGGCUCCAUCUGCGGAAAUCGUUGUUCCUGUGAAGGCCGAUUUGGAAAAGUCUGACACCAAACCUAAGAUCCGAAGAGUCAUCGACGAAGAAGGGGGUAAAACUACCGCGAGUUAUCCAAAGUACCUCCCUACUUGGGACUAUGGCGAAAAGUACCCCGCAUUGGAGCCAUUCGCCCACGUCGAUCAUGGAAAAGAUGCCGAUACUUCUCUGAAGGACCUUUUAACUGAAGGAUCGAAGAUACAAAAGCUCACGCCUACGAUAGGGUCCGAAGUCACAGGGGUCCAGCUCAGCAAGCUGUCACAGGAAGGAAAGGACCAGCUGGCUUUGUUAGUUGCACAGCGUAAGGUAGUCGCCUUCCGCGACCAAGAUCUUGCAGACUUGCCGAUCCAGGAAGCUCUCGACUUCGGCGGCUAUUUUGGCCGUCAUCAUAUCCACCCCACGAGUGGCUCACCGGAGGGAUUUCCUGAAGUCCACCUUGUUCAUCGCAACAACAACGCUUGGGAAUUUGAUAACUACCUAGCUGCGAAGAAUAGUAGUGUUUCAUGGCACUCAGAUGUCACCUACGAGGCACAGCCACCCGGCACUACUUUCUUGUAUAUUCUCGACACGCCCGAGGUUGGGGGCGAUACAGCGUUUGUGAACCAAGUUGAGGCCUAUAACAGACUUUCGCCCGCCGUGAAGGAGAGGCUCCACGGCCUUAGAGCUGUGCAUUCCGGGGUGGAGCAGGCUGACUUCAGCCUGCAGCGUGGCGGGGUGGUAAGACGGGAGCCUGUGAAGAAUGAGCAUCCUCUUGUUCGAACCCAUCCCGUCACCGGAGAGAAGGCGUUGUUUGUGAAUGCUGGCUUCACUCGUAGCAUCGUUGGGCUGAAGAAGGAAGAAAGCGACGCAUUGCUUGACUUUUUAUUGGCUCAUAUUGGCCGUGGUAUUGAUUUCCAGGCUCGUGUUCGAUGGGCCCCUAAGACUGUGGUGGUGUGGGAUAAUCGUGUCACUGCUCACUCUGCAAUCAUCGAUUGGGCGACUGGUGAACGCCGGCAUUUGGCACGCAUCACCCCGCAGGCCGAGCGCCCCUUUGAAACACCAUAUGUUGCAACGGAAGAUAAUUCCCUCAGCUGGAUACCAGCUAUCUAG